AUGGAGGCCAUUGCCAAAUACGAUUUUAAAGCUACUGCUGAAGAUGAGCUUAGCUUUCAGCGAGGAGAUGUCCUUAAGGUAUUAAAUGAAGAGUGUGAUCAGAACUGGUACAAGGCAGAGCUACAAGGAAAAGAUGGCUUCAUUCCUAAGAAUUACAUAGAGAUGAAAGCCCAUCCAUGGUUUUUUGGGAAGAUCCCACGUGCCAAAGCAGAGGAGAUGCUCAACAAACAAAGGCACGAUGGCGCUUUCCUCAUCAGAGAGAGCGAGAGUGCACCGGGCGACUUCUCCCUCUCCGUUAAGUUUGGGAACGACGUUCAACACUUCAAGGUUCUCCGUGAUGGCGCCGGAAAGUAUUUUCUUUGGGUGGUGAAGUUUACCUCACUCAAUGAGCUGGUGGAUUACCAUCGCUCUACCUCUGUCUCCCGUAACCAGCAGAUCUUUUUGCGAGACAUCGAGCAGGUCCAUCAGCAUCCCACAUACGUGCAGGCGCUCUUUGACUUCGACCCACAGGAGGAAGGCGAAUUGGGAUUCCGGCGCGGCGACUUCAUCCAAGUCCUGGACAACUCUGACCCCAACUGGUGGAAAGGCGGUUGCCACGGUCAAACGGGCAUGUUCCCGCGCAACUAUGUCACGCCGGUCAAUCGGAACAUGUGA